AUGAAUCGCUUCCGAGUGCGACCAGCCGAGCCGCAGGACUGUCCACAUAUCAUGCGACUCAUUAGAGAACUGGCUGCUUAUGAAAACAUGCCCGAAGCAGUAAAAAUAACAGAAACAGAUUUACUUCAAGAUGGUUUUGGACAACGUCCCUUCUUCCAGUGUUUAGUAGCAGAGGUAUCAUCGGAAAAUGUAAUGUUAGAUGCAGGUAUUGUAGCUUUUGCUAUGUAUUACUUUACAUACGACCCUUGGAUUGGCAAGCUGUUAUACUUAGAAGACUUUUAUGUUAUGGAAGAAUAUAGAGGCUGGGGCAUUGGAACGGAACUUUUAAAAAAUUUAAGUCAGAUCGCCCUCGAGUCCAACUGUAGCUGCAUGCACUUUCUCGUCGUGGUCUGGAAUAAGCCGUCGAUCGAGUACUAUAUGAGGCACGGGGCGGCCGAUCUCUCCACCGAGGAGGGGUGGCAUCUCUUCCGAUUCGAUAAAGAGCACCUCAUCAGAAUGGCUACCGGACAGUAAGAAGGGAGUCUCUCUUUCUCUCUCUCUCCAAGGUGGCGCAUCAUCGGCUCAUCGGCCACAAGGAAACCUCUAGCUAAAAUUGAGGCUCUCCAAAGCGGGCAAAUACUAGCAACAAGAAAUUAAAAAGAAGCUUGCCUGUUUUAUGGCUGGCAGUACCUUGGUAUGUGAUUGGAUUCUGGUAUUUUUCCAUGUGCAAGUUGUGUUGGUGUGAAACACGAAAUCCCCCCCCCCUUUAAAUAUUUGGCUAAUAAGUACGUACAUUGGCACAUUAGAUGGGCUCUCUUGAUUGUUGAGGGCUCCCUGACUAAAGUUAGCAGCUUGUAAGUGUUCUGACCUAGGCUUCCCAAGACC